AUGAGAUCGUUAACUAGCCAAAUCACCACGGUAGUGGCGCUGGGUAUUGUGCCCUUGGUCGUUGCCCACGGCGCUCACGAAGCUGGCGCCGACGCCAUGGAGAUGGACAUGGGCAUGGCCCCCGGCGCAGACGAGCCGAAACCCGACUCCAAAAGCUAUCCGCCCACAUACUUUGCACUCGCCGACCAUGCCGGACUAAUGUACGCGCACAUUGGAGCUAUGGUGCUCGCCUGGAUAUUCGUUCUGCCAGUUGCUGUGAUGCUUUCCAUUGCCCGCUCUAGAUAUACACUUGCGCUACAAUCCGUUUUUAUGGCUAUCAAUGCGCUUGGAGUUCUCCUGGGAACAAUUUACAACGCCAGCACACCUGAUCUCUACCCCAACAAUGCGCACCACAAACUGGGUUGGCUGGUAACCUGGGUCCUCUUGGCGCAGGUCCUGGUCGGCCUUGUAGGAAGAGUUGUUGGCGCUCUGAGGCAUGACAGUCGCGAAACGUCUAACAAUACCGGAUACCAAUCAUUCAUCCCAGUUUCUACGGCUGCCAUGGCUGAGCACCACCGCAUCAACAGCUCUCGAUAUGCCAGCGAGUACCGCCUCUCCAACGACAGUGGGCAGGGCACUGAGCCUUGUACCGAAUCGCUCCGGAGCCAUUCCCGCUCUUCAUCGUCCAACGAGGUGUCCCCGCGCAGCUCCGAUGCCUACCUCAAAGAGUACGCCGAGGAAGAGGACGAUCUUGAGGAUGGCCUUCCCAUGCCCAUGCCGAGCAACAGGAAGGAGAACGAAAAUGCCAACCCUAGGUCGGCCAUUGCUAGAGUCGCGGGAAAGAUGCCUUCACGCGUGUUGAAGGGACUUUUGUUUUUCUACAACUUGAUCGACAGGACGAUCCUGCUGCUGGGUUUUGUCACCUUGUGUCUAGGAAUUGUGGCCUAUGGGCGGUUCUUUGAGGGCAACGGCAUCUUCAGCGGUUUGGCGCAUUGGGUCAAGGGCGGCAUUUUCUUCUGGCUUGGGUUGUUGACCCUGGGUCGAUGGAGCGGUAGCUUUGGUGAACUCGGAUGGGCGUGGAAUGCUCGGCCCAAGCGCGCCGACGGCAAGUGGCGGCCUUCGGCCGAGUUCGUCGAGAGCGCCCUCAUUUUUGUCUACGGAUCGACCAACAUCUUCCUCGAGCAUCUUGGAAACUGGGGAGGAGAAUACAGCGCGCAGGACCUGGAGCAUAUUUCAAUCACUGUUCUCUUCAUCGGUGGUGGACUGGUCGGCAUGCUUAUCGAAUCGAGUCGCGUUCGAGAGCUCUUAAACACAUCGAUUCUCGAUGCUGCUUCUGAGCAAUACCACGACGAGGAAGAGCAGAAGAAGGAACUCCAGCCGCCGAAGCAGUACGAGUUCUCCAUCAAUCCUAUCCCAGCACUCGUGAUUCUUCUCAUGGGCAUCAUGAUGAGCUCGCACACGCAGCACUCCAUGGUUUCAAGCAUGAUUCACAAGCAGUGGGGUAACCUCCUCACCGGCGCCUCUUUCGCUCGCGGUUUUUCAUACGUCAUCAUGUACCUGAAGCCUCCCAAGUCCAUCCUUCCAUCUCGACCUCCCACUGAGCUUCUCGCUGCGUUUGGUCUAAUUUCCGGCGGGAUCAUCUUCAUGGCGAGCGCUAGCGAUACCGUCGAGGGCAUGGAGCACUACGGCCUAGAUGCCAUGUUCAUGUACACCGUGACCAUGGGCCUUGUGGGUGUCUUGAUGGCCUGGGUCAUCAUUGUGUUGGCUAUCAAGGGCUGGGCUGUGCGUAAGGAGGCCGGACGCCGGUCGCAUCGGCUGUCUUGA